UACCCGGAGAGCCACGGGAUCAUAGGGAAUUACAUCUACGACAUGGAGGCGUCGAAGGUCUUUUCCUUAUACGACCUCGAGGGCGUGAAGGACCCUGCCUGGUGGAGCGACGCUGAGCCCUUCUGGAUCACGGCGACGAAGAGCAGCCUCCAGACAGCCCUCUUCCUUUGGUCCAGGUGCGACGUGCCUUGGGAUGGCGACGUCCUCCCAAGCCACUGCGACCCCUUCAGGUUUACUGCCCCCAACACAGACAACAUGGUCAGGAACUUUCGCCAGGCCGUGGACAUGAUCCAGAACCAGGGCUAUUCUCUCGCGAUGGUCUACGACGGCAUUAUAGACACCCAAGGCCACUACUUCGGUCCUGUGUCGUCGGAGGUCGCAGCGGCAGUCAGGGAAACGGACACCGCUCUGCAGCAGCUCUGGAAGGACCUUUCCGAUCGAGACAUGAUAGACGAAGUUAACGUGGUGUUAGUCAGCGAUCACGGCAUGACUUGGACGGGGCAGCGGAUGUUGCAGGAGCUGGAUGUGGUUGCCUGUCUGGAUGAGUCUCAGGUGGUUAAGGUGGUUGAGUAUGGUGGAUACAUCAGCAUCCAACCACGAGCUGGCUAUGCUGAGGAGGUGACGGAGAGCUUGCGCAGGUGUCCGACCGUGGGCGAAAACGUGAACGUGUUCCUCAAGGAAGAUGUCCCUGAGGCUUUCCACUACAGGGCACAUCGCCUCAUACUGGAAAUUGUCGUUAUUGCGAAGGAGGGGUACAUGAUCCGGCCGCCCCAGACCACCUACUCAGUGCCCGAGACCGCGGGAUCCUACGAAGGGAAUCACGGCUUCGACAACACCAAUGGCCGCAACCCUGACAUGCGCGCUGUACUCUACGCUGUCGGUCCAUACUUUGCUCAGGGAGUCCGAGCCGGCGUGGUGGAGCAGGUUGACGUGUACAACCUGCUGUGCCGAAGCCUCCAGCUCCAGUGCCACGCCAACAAUGGCACCUUGGCCCACGUGGAGCCGUUCUUCCGACCUGGAAUCCCCCUGGAGAGCGGCACUUCCUUCAAGCACAUGGGAACUCUGGGCGCUCUGAUGCUCGCUGUUUCCGCGCUGAUCUUCCUUUGA